GGAAAUAUUCAAAUGUUUUUGAUUUCUGUGCUGGGAGGUGUCGUCAUAAUUCUGAGAGUGUGGUCCACGAAAAUGCUUACCUUAGUGAUUUCCAUCACUGUUUUUUCUCUGCCAUCAAAUUCGUCAGGUGCAAAUUAUACAUUUUUAGAAGCCAGACUGAAUGGCAUUAAUGUUCUUGUUGGAAGGCGAGGUCAAUCAUGCGAUUCAGUUUGCAAGUCAAAGGGACAAUCAUGUGUUCCAAAUAAGCUUUUGGUACUUAAUCAGUGUGACAUUAUGCAGAAAUAUAUGAGCUGCAAGGGAACUUGCCUGGCAAGUAUUGGUCCAGACCAACCUGCUGAAGUUGUUGAUGAUGCUCCUGAAGAUUUGUAUAUGACACUCAAUGGAGCAUUAAUAUCGCUUAUUACUUUUAGAAUCCUGGAGCAUGCUUGUUUACUCAAACACAAUCAAUGCUUUCUUGUUAUGGUUCACAUCAGCAUACCAGGAGACUGUGCCCUUGUGCAUAGUGCAGUAUCUGGAAGGGGAAGAUAA